GGAAAUUUUAGAGGACGCCGUUUGAUAACGGAACAAGUACAUGCACUUAAACGGCGCCGUUUUAAUGUCUUCUGAAGUUCUCCACUGUGAAGGAGCAACAGGGGAGUGUGUGCCGUUGCAGCUGUUGGCUAAUUCGGAGUGGCGCGAACUCAUGUGGGCGGCUGUACGAUCUCGACCACGGUACGUUUCCUCGUCGGAGUUAUCGCCGUCAUCCUCUCUGGCCAACCGGGACUCCAGCAGAAAAGAGUUUCUGAACGUACAAGAAAUCGAGAAGGUUCUGAACGACGUCAAAGCAGACGACGUGGCGGUGAUUCCGGUGGAUAAGCAAUGCGAUUGGGCGGACUUCAUGGUGAUUGUCACUGGUAGGUCGACGUGGCACGUCAAGAACAUCGCUCAAGCCCUAAUUUACCAGGCAGGCUUCUUUUUUCCUAAGAUUUCUGAUUCUCUAACCUCAUUUUGCUUGCAGAGAAUGUGCAGAAAAAUGAAUGCAGCUGAUUUUUCUGUUUGGCUGUGUGGAAAAUUGAGGCAAAAAAUAAAUGAGAACUUGAAAGCUCCCUAACAGAGUAAGACUCUGUUUUGGUAUCAUUGCUACAAAUUUUCAAAACUAAUAAUUAAAUUGAAAUUUAUUUAAUUUUUUUAACUCGUUGAUUUUACCUUAGGAUUGUUAAAGUUUCGUUAAUCAAAACCAAAAACAUCAAUGAUACUAAAUGAAGCCUAACUUUUCCCAGGUGGUGUCAUGUGGAAUGGCUUUGGUUUUGUGAAAUAAGACGAGGAUGCCAAUAUAGGGAAAUUGAUACUUGGAAAUUUGGAAUAACUAAGAAACAGAUUUCAUUUAGUUUCGUUUCCUUCUAAUAUUUUUUAGAUUGUAAAUGUAAAACUUUGUUUUCAGUAGUGAUGGUUGUUCAUUUCUUUGAAGUAUUUUUAGUACUGUGUGUAGAUUCUGUAGAAGCAUGACCUCUUAUCUGUCUGCAUAUUUUGAUUAUAUUUAAUUGCAAGAACAGGCUAAGCAAAAGCAGCAACGAGCUAAGCGGUUAAUUCUACUAAGUGUGGAAGGGCAAGAGACAGGAAAAUGGGUUGUUACUUGUUAUUGAUUCUGGCAGAGUAAUGGUUCAUGCUCUUGAUGAAAAGGCUAGGGCUUAUUACAAUUUGGAAAACGUUCGGACAGCAAAGACAACUCAGAAGGAACCAACUGAGGUAAUUGGCCUGAUAUGAAAGCAUUAACACUUGAUGUGUGUAUGAGUGUAUAUUUAAAGUGGGCUGCUUAGCCAGUAUUAGGUGGUUCUGCUUCAAAAAUAGAUAACAAAUGAUGCCUGGUUUUUACUUUUUAGAAGAGUAGAAGUUUGAUGUUGUAACUGUAAUUCCAAAUUGGAAAAAAAUCAGGGUCACGUGAUUUCCUAGAGAUUAUUUGUGAUUUUAAAUUUAAAUUAUAGAUAGGGUUUGUUAGAUGAGGAUCUGGGAAAAAUCUCUAGGCAGAGGUUAAAAGGAUCUCAGGGAAUAGCAAAAGGGGAAGUGAGAUUGAAUCUCAAACUCUGUAUUUCUUCUUCCAUUAAUGAAAUCCUGGAAUUGGGAAAAGCAUUUGUAAAGGUUCGUCGAAUCAAUAAUUCCAAAAAGCCAGCCCAAAGAAGUGCAUAAUCCUGAAGUUUGUUCCUGUGGGCUGCCCGUUUAUAUUUUGCAGUUGUAGUUUGUUACAUUGUAAGGCUCUGCGCUUGUGGUUGAAAAUUGUUAAAUUGAUUUCCCAUUCUGGCUAAUGGUUGCCAUUCCAAACUCCUUUGCAGAAAAUAAUAUUGUGUUAUAAUU